CUUGGAUGAAGCAAAGAUGAUGAAGGGUAGCGAUCGAAUCGAUGCAGUUUUUGUUCAGAUUCUGAAGGUCAAGACGAUGAAAAUGUGACAGGUUUAAAUGACGUUCUCAUGACCACACAUAUGGCGGAGUACGGGUGGGGACUCUCCGAGGAGCUCGUGAGAAAGGCCCGCACUGAGCUUAACGAGGAACCAGAGAAGUUUGCUGAGUUCAUCACAGCAGUAACUGAUCAAAUGGUCACAAGGCCAGAUAUUACUUUCCUGAGAACAGAUGAAUCAUUUGUCACUAGAUUCCUUCGAGCUCGAAAAUACGACACAUUUGAGGCAUUCAAACUGUUCGCCCGUUACUUUGAAUUUCGCCAAGACAACACAAAUCUUUUUAAGAAGUUUCAAGCUUCAGAACCGGGAAUUAAGGAUGCCUUGUAUGAUGGGCUCCCAGGAGUCUUACCAAACCUUGACCACUUUGGACGUAAAAUUAUCGUUCUGUACUCGGCAAAUUGGGACAAUAAUAGAUAUGGUCUUGCAUCAAUAUAUCGGGCAAUAUUACUGACACUGGAAAAGUUGAUUGAUGAUGAUGAGGCACAGAUUAAUGGAUUUGUUGUCAUUGUCGACUGGAGUCAGUUCACAUUCAAACAGUCAACGUGGCUCAGUCCAAAAGUUCUCAAGUUGAUGAUUGAAGGGCUACAGGACUGUUUUCCGGCACGGUUUGGAGCCAUUCACUUUGUUAAUCAGCCUUGGUACAUUGAAGCUGUCUUCAAGAUGCUGAAACCUUUCCUCAAGGAGAAAAGCAAAGACAAGAUUCAUAUGCAUGGCAUAAACUUGGGCACACUACACGUUCAUAUCCACAAAGAGGUCCUGCCUGCAGAACUUGGCGGCACACUACCCCCCUACAACAAUCUUCUCUGGGCCAAAGAGUUGAUCGGAGAUGAAAGUUUUAGCUUUGGUGAUAAACAGAUCUACUGGCCAGGCCAUUGUUCAAAAUCUCGAGCUGUAAGAUCAGAAUCGUUUCCAAUUGACCACUUCUCUAGCCAUGCUGACCAUGGGUCAGGGGAUGAUACCGGCACACACUUGGACGAAGAGUUCUUCCUUAUAGAAUGACCAACAACUUGUAAGGCCAAAUCAUUUAUAUAUUAAGUGUUUUCCUGCAAUCUCCACCCCCCAUCUGAUAUAUUCAAACAAAUAGCCAUUUGAUAUUCAAAAUACUGCAGAGUAGCUAAUUUUUUGCAUAUAUACUUGAAGAUUGAUGGAAUCACAUAAAAAGAUCGCAAAAUAUAAAAAAGAAAAACACCUGGAGCUACCACGAUUCAAAUGCAGACUACGUGUGAUUUUGUAUAUCUGUAUCAAAAAGUAAAUAUAUAUUGAUGAAACGCUCAUUUAAGCAGCUAUUUGAAAGAUUAUAUGAUUCUUUUCAGAAUUUUUAGUCAAAUUAUGAAGUAAAAGGCAUGAUUUUUAAUUUUGAAACAAUUAAUGAUUGAAUAUUAUAUAAAAGAGAUAUAAUUAAAAAUACAUGUUUGCUAAUUGAUUGGGUACAUUGAGAUGAGAUUAACAAAAAAUGAAAAUUAGAACAAGAAAAUUUGAUUGAAAAUAUGAAUUAGAACCAGGUUUUUAAGUUAAAAAAUGCAUAAAAAUGCACCCUCAAAUAAUUACUACGUAUUUGCUAGGUGAAGACUUAAUUUUCUGGACUAUUUUCUCCUUAAUAAUGCAUUGUUCUUGCCAGUUGAAGGACUGUUUUGGUCAAAAGUUGAAAGUUAUUAGGAAAAAGAAGUACCUUGAUGGAAGUAGCAAGUUAUAUAAUAUUUGAUGUCAAAGGUUAAAAUAAAAAUUUUGACAAUUGCUGAGAAAUUCCCGAUAAAUUCUGAACAGUCUAAUUAGUAAAAACAGAUCUUAAAUAACAUUUCAAAUCACUGCUACCAUUUUACAAUUUUCUUUUCUGCUAAAGUCUUCAUAUAUUUUGUUGUAGAGUAAGGUGCUAAAGUAAGUUUAUUUGGAAAGUUAGCAUAACUUGUGAUUUUGUCAUAGUAAUACCGGUAAUUAUAAAAUUAAUAAAACAUACAAUGUCAAUGUAUAUACUGUAAACUUACAUAUUUUAGUGGUAAUAUUAUUUUAGAGCUUUUCACGCAGAGGGAAUUGAUGAUUGCACUAAUUAUACCUUCUUUACAUUGUUUUCUAUGGCAAGCAUUUUUGCUUGUGCUAAUUCAUCAUUGUGCUUAUCUGUUUAAAUUCGGUGAUGCACUAUAAUUUGAGUACGCUAAAAUAGAUACGUUUAUAGAACUUGCCUUAAUUUAACUUAAUCUUAAGCCAUGGACUUUAUUGAAAUGUUCCCAUAUCAAAGUGCUUCCCUGGGAAAUGAUAAUGAUGAUUCCCUUUCUUCAAAAGAAAGAGACAUGUCUCGCUUAUUUAUAUUACUUUUUUUCUGCUGACCCACAUUAAAAGGACAUCAAAAUGUUUGUAAACAAUGUGAUUGUGUGUUGUUUAGGAUGUUUAACUGAUAAUGAAAUAAGAACUAACAGUUCCACUGCAGACAAGGUUGAUUGUUAUAAAUGGACACAGAGAAACAGCUGUCUGGUGAUUACCUCCAUCUCAAACUGUAGUGCAUAGGUCUGAAAUGCAAUAUACCCAGGGUACACUGUAGUAUUUAUUUAUUUGUUUGUAAGUACA